UAAUCGGCCUCGGGUCGCCGGGUUCGUACGUAGCACCGCGCUAACCGCUGCGCCACCGCUCCCCCGCUGUUACAGUGCCGGUACUGUCCCCGGGCAAGAUGGCUGCCCGCCUCCACGUGACUCGGCGCGCGUGACUGUCGCACUCAGCACGUGGUGUCAUUCAGGGCGUGGUCUCGCGCCGUUCCUGCUCACGAACUCGCUGCUGCAGCACGUGGAAAGCACGUGGUGAGGAUGUCGUCAUCCUUGGACACAGGCGCUGCGGGGAUGAACUCGCGCUCUUGCAGAUGCUGCUUCCGAAACUACACCCUGGCGUUGGGGCCUGGGGCAUCAAACAGCCGCCCCUACCUGCUGGUGUGCGGACAUGUCUUUUGUGGAGCAUGCCUGCAGGACAAAGGCACACGCGCAGGCUGCGAGUUUGUGUGCCCCACCUGCAAGAUGGUGACCAGGAUUCCUGGAGCCGGUGGCCUGUCUCAGCUGCCCCUGGAUUUCUAUUCACUUGGAGUUGUGGCCGCAUACAAAUACUCGUGCGGUGUCCUACGGUCCAAACAAAACCUUGGUGGGAGCCAAGUGAAGUCGCAUCAUCUCUUGGAUACGGAUGGAGGAGGAGCCCUCACGAAGACCCGGGGGAUCCCGGACAAUGUCCGCUUGAACCUGACCAGUACAUGUGCAGGAAAGGAGAGGCGCUGUGCCGAAUGCGAGCGGCAAAAAGCCGACCUGUCCUGCAAGCAUUGCCAAGAGGACUUUUGCGACUCCUGCUUUAAGAAGGUUCACGGAAAUGCGAAAGUGCUGAAAAACCACAAAGUGAACAAAAUUUAUCCCAGUGACUGUGAGAAUUGUGAGGUGCACGGUAAGCCGUAUGCGUACUGCUGCGAGCUUGGUGACGGUGGUGGCGGUGGUGGCAGCGACGUUGCGUGCACGGAUUGCAUCUCGGAUUCUGAGCACAGCGAACACGACCAUACUCUGCUCGAUGCCAAGAAGGAAGAGCUGAGCGUGCAGCUUCUCAAGGCCAUCGUGGCGGGCCAGGCGGGGGUCUUAAAACUGAAGGAGGCGCUGAGAGAGUUUGAGAAGCUGCAGUCUGAGCUGCAGCUGCAACUUCACACAGUGGUGUGCAGCAUCCAUGGGAGCAUCCACUCGCUGUGCUCCAUGGUGCAGGCCCGGGGUGCAGAGCUCGUUUUUCAACUGAAGGACAUCGAGGUUCGGCUCCACCCCAUACUGACGAGAGGAGCGAGCGUUCUUCACGAGUCUCUCUUGUCGAACUGCGUCACCCUCGACACUGCCUGCAGCAUGGCUCGGGGCCAGCAGUUCUCUCCGCGGGAUGUGCAAAAGGCACGGACGUAUUGAUUUUCUGCGCGCAUUCGGUUGCAGUAAACAUGGCUGUCUCCGCCUCUCCGACGGCGAAU